AUGUCUGUGAGACCCGCAACAGUCAAGAAGUUUUUGGAGGUGACGGGAACCGACUCAGAGGAAGUCGCUGCUUUUUUUCUUCAGAGAAAUCAACAAAAACUUACGCACGCCAUCAACGACUUCUUCGUUAACCCGCAACUGGCAAAGAACCUCAAAAAGGAGAAGGUGACGGUCAAGAUCGACCCCAAAGUCAAGGAGAUAUUUGAUCAGUAUAAAGAGCCAUUGCCAGACGCUUUGGGGAAAGCUUACAUUGGCAUUGAUGGCACUGUGCGGUAUAUCUCCGAUUUGGGGUACGAGCCCGAAGACAUUGCCAUGCUCGCACUGGCAGAGUUUUUGGAGUGUCCGUCCGUUGGAGUGUUCAAGGAAGAUCCGUUUGUGACCAACUGGUCGAGAGUGAAGUGUAAUACCAUUGAAAAAAUGGGCGACUUUGUGAGAAACGAAUUGGCCAUCAAACUGGCAGAGGAUGAAGAGUACUUCAAAAAGGUCUAUCAAUUUACCUACAAGUUUAUUUUGGAGAAAAACGAACGGAACGUCCCAACAGAAACUGCUGUAGAGUACUGGAAUCUCAUGUUGCCACAAACCUAUAAGCCAGAACUAGAAACAUUUGUCAGAUUUCUCCAAGAAACGGGCCACAAGGGUAUAACCAAAGAUCAGUGGAACAUGCUGUAUCCGUUUCUCAAAACCUACCAUGAGGACAACAAGCUCUCGAACUAUGACGAAUCGCAAUCGUGGCCCGUGCUCAUGGACUCGUUCCACGAGUGGCUUCUGGACUCUUGA